UAAAAUGGAUGCCGUUGCUCCGGCCCCGCCGAAAUCUCUGGCUUUCUCUGCAUCUCCUUCCGUCUCCUUUUCAAUUUAUCUUUUCUAACCAGAUUUUCUUUGUUUUCUUCUUCUUGUUCUUGUUCUUCUUCUUGUUAUCGUUCUCGACCUUCUUCUUCUCUUUGUUCUCUCAUCAUUGUCAAAGCAUAUAAAACAGGGUGUCUUUGCAUGAAUUCGGACACUGAAAACACAGACACAUAUCUCAAUCAAAAACCUUUUUGGGUUUUAAAAAGAACCUUCAUUUCUCAAAUCUGUCUCUCAGGAUUGUUUUGCGUAGAGCCAAGAGUUCUAUUCUUGGUUAUGAUAGAAUUCAGAUAUAUUACAUUUCUUUAGACCAAAAGAAAAGAGAAGCUUGGAAAAGUUUUCAUUAACAGCAACAGCAACAGCAGAAACCAUGUCAUCUCUGCAGGCAAGAACAGGGAGACACCGACAGCGUUAUGAGGACAAUGUUCGUCUUGUUUCUGGAUGUAUUCCUUACAGACUAAGAAAAGACAUCGAGGGACUUAGCAAUGAUACGGAACAUAGGAUAGAAGUUCUCAUGGUCUCCUCGCCGAAUCGAACUGACAUGGUGUUUCCUAAGGGCGGAUGGGAAAAUGAUGAGACUGUAUUGGAAGCUGCAUCCCGAGAAGCCAUAGAAGAAGCAGGAGUGAGAGGAAUACUCAGAGAAGUACCCUUAGGAGUUUGGUAUUUCAGAAGCAAGAGUAAACAAGAUCUGUGCAGCCUGGAAGGAGGCUGCAAAGGGUUCAUGUUUGCUUUAGAGGUGACUGAGGAACUUGAGACUUGGCCUGAACGAGAAAAUCGUGACAGGAAAUGGCUAAACAUUAAAGACGCAUUCGAAUUCUGUCGAUACGAAUGGAUGCGGGAGGCACUGGAAAAGUUUCUAAGAGUAAUGGAAGAGGACAACAAACCCGAGAUCAUGGAAGAGAUAGUGGAAAUCGGGUCAUUACCUGUUUCAGAAGUUGUUGCUGACUGUCAAAUAUUGACAUCAAACUGUUGCAUAAAGCCUGUAAAGAGGCAGCACAAGGGGAUGAAUGGUAUGAUUUCGCUCUCGUGGAAAUUUGCUUUCAAAGGGUUGCCAUUGACAUAGAAAGAAGUCGAAAGCAGGGUCAUGCUCUAGCUCUCUGCAUAUGGCUUGCAGCAGAGUUUUGUAUAUUCUUAAUUUGGAACAUGAAGUGGAAUGACCUCUCUUUCAUUUCUGUUGACUGUUAGACAUUUUCCUGUUUCUAUGCUUAGGAAGAAGAACUAUUGCAUCUCCAACUUGAACAUGCCAUCUACAUAACUGAAAUAGUUAUGCAUGGCUUUGUAUGAAGAUUUAAAUGGAAAAUCAUCUCCUUCUUGGGAAAGAAAUGCAUAAUCUUGUUUAGACU